AGCUUGUCGAGGAAGUGCUCUGGGUUAUUUUAGUCCUCUCUAGGCCACACCCACCGCUCUCUCUCUUCCUCCCUCCACCCGAUCUGAGAGCUUCCACAGAUCAGAAACACCAGAGAAACCAUGCAUGGAUAGUUCUUCCUCCAGGUCACAGGCUCUCUAGAGGGGGGACAGAGAGAUCAUGAGGACUAGAGGCUGUCCACCAUCUUCUCAUCCUGAACCCGUCUCCUGUCCAUGGAUGUGAGACGUGCUGAACCUUGAGGAAACAUCUCUGCUAUGUUUCCACGUUUACCUCGUCUCCAACCCGCUGAUCCUACCCUCCACUCCAGGACACGAUGGACUACUUCUUCCAGCGUCAUUUCGGUCGACGGCGGAAGCGUCAGAAGCUGGUAGCUGCAGCGCGUCCUCCUGGUCCUGCAAUUCAGACCAGUAAAGCCAGGAGGCGCUCUAGUGUGGGUCUGCCUUCAGUGACCUUAGUCCAGUCCAGACGCUCCUCCGUCGGUCUGCCUCCGGUUUGUCCCGACCAGAGAAGACGUCCCAGCAUCGGUCUGCUGGUGGCCAGUGGACAGAGACGCCAGUCCAUCAUAGACCAGGGACUGACCAACCCUGGAGACGCAACAUCUGGACGAGGACCAGAUGUUGGCGUCUCCAAGGGACGGAGGACAUUCCAUCAUAACGCUCCUCAUGCUCGUCGUCCCUCCUGCACCGUCUCCUGCGUCCAUCGAGGGCUGGCAGUGAGACAUCGACGUCCCUCUAAAGUGAAGUCUAUAGAGUCUCAUCUGCUGGGCUCGUCCAUGCUGCUGGCUAGUCUGGUCCAGAUGGGAAGAGGAGACAAAGACAACGAAGAGUCCACAGAGGAGCUAGAGGCCUCCCAGUGCUCCUGUUCUGAGUCAGAAGAAGAAGAAGGAAGUGAAGAAGAGGUGGAGAACAGAACCGGAGACCUGAAGGACUUCAGACCUACAGCUCAGAAUCAUCUAACCCAAGCCGUCCUAACAGAGACCAUCAGAGCCCGACCCUUACUGCGUCCUCCUCGCUGUCUGAGGAGAAACUCCUCCCACCUCCUCCCAGCAGACUCUGUGUUUCAGAACAGCCAAGCAGCUUCUGGAGUUUAUGGUCAAUAUCAUCCACGGAGCUCCAAUCAGAGUCAGGACACGUUAAACAAACCCCUCCAGACCUCCAGGACCAGCCCCAGCCUAGUCCAGCUGGCCUCAGCAGGUCUCAGGGCUCCAGGUGAGGCCUCCUCUGGGUCUGGCCUCCAGAAGAGCUGCUCCUCACCGCUGGACGGACCUCAGGGAAGCAUUUAUUAUGAUCCUUAUCUGGAGACAUGGGACAACUUCCUGUCGAAAGCCAUCGCUAAGUCCGGCCUACACCAGCUGCCCUGCCAGCCCAGCACCUCGUUUCUCAGCAGGACCGACCCAGAAGCCAACAUCCGCAGCACCGUGGACUGGACCGAGUCGGCGGUGUACGGAGAUCAUAUCUGGUUUGAGACCAACGUGUCUGGAGACUACUGCUAUGUAGGAGAACAACACUGCAUUGCCAGAGCUCUGCAAAAGUCCGUCAGCAGGAAGAAGUGUGCCGCCUGUAAGAUUGUCGCUCACACCAUCUGUAUAGAACAACUGGAGAAGUCUCCCAGCUCUAGAGACGUUCUGUUGGAUGCCACCAUUCCUCUCAAUGACCCUAACUUUAGAAUUAACUUCAGAUGUAAGCCUUCAUUCAGAGAGUCCGGCUCCAGAAACAUUCGGGAGCCCAUCGUGGUUCGUCACCACUGGGUGCAUCGGAGACGACAGGAAGGGAAAUGUAAACAGUGUGGAAAGGGCUUCCAGCAGAAGUUUGCUUUCCACAGUAAGGAGAUCGUUGCCAUCAGCUGCUCGUGGUGUAAACAGGCUUACCACAACAAAGUUUCCUGCUUCAUGCUGCAGCAGAUAGAGGAGUCCUGUCCGGUUGGAGCUCACGCUGCCCUCAUAGUUCCUCCUACAUGGAUCAUCAGGAUCAGACGCCAUCAGUCUUCUAUGAAGUCCAGUAAGAAGAAGAAGAGAACGUCAUUCAAGAGGAAAAGCAGCAAGAAAGGAGCAGAGGAGGGCCGGCAGUGGAAGCCGUUUAUAAUCCGACCAAUCCCCUCUCCUCUGGUGAAACCACUGCUGGUGUUCGUCAACCCAAAGAGUGGAGGGAACCAGGGAACUAAGAUCCUCCAGUCCUUUAUGUGGUACCUGAACCCCAGACAGGUGUUUGACCUCAGCCAGGGAGGACCAAAGGACGGGUUGGAGCUGUACCGUAAAGUCCAUAACCUGAGGAUCCUGGCCUGUGGAGGAGACGGCACGGUGGGAUGGAUCCUGUCUUGCCUCGACGACCUGGCAUUAAAUCCUCAGCCUCCCGUCGCCGUGCUGCCACUGGGGACAGGAAAUGACCUCGCCAGAACCCUGAACUGGGGAGGGGGCUACACCGAUGAACCGCUGUCUAAGAUCCUGUCCCAUGUGGAGGAUGGAGUCGUCGUCCAGCUGGACAGGUGGAAUCUACAGGUUGAACCAAAUACCAGUGCAGGGGCUGAACCUGAUGAGCAGCAGACUGAUAAGCUUCCUCUGGAUGUCUUCAACAACUACUUUAGCCUUGGAUUUGAUGCUCAUGUGACUCUAGAGUUCCACGAGUCCAGAGAGGCCAACCCAGAGAAGUUCAACAGCCGUUUCAGGAAUAAGAUGUUCUACGCUGGGACGGCGUUCUCAGAUUUCCUGAUGGGAAGCUCCAAAGAUCUGUCAAAGCACAUCAGAGUGGUGUGUGACGGAACAGAUUUAACAUCCAAGGUUCAGGACUUGAAGCUGCAGUGUUUGGUUUUCCUCAACAUCCCCAGGUAUUGUGCCGGUACCACACCUUGGGGAAACCCCAGCGAUCAUCACGACUUUGAACCCCAGCGCCAUGACGACGGCUACAUCGAGGUCAUCGGGUUCACCAUGACAUCACUGGCGACUCUCCAGGUUGGAGGUCAUGGUGAGAGGCUGAACCAGUGCAGAGAAGUCACCCUGACCACCACCAAACCUCUGCCAGUGCAGGUGGAUGGGGAACCCUGCAGGCUCGCUCCAUCAGUCAUCCACAUCAGCCUCAGGAACCAGGCCAACAUGGUCCAGAAGACCAAACGGAGGACCUCAUUACCACACCUUAAUGAUCAGCAGCCGAUCCCAGAGAGGUUGAGGAUCAGAGUCAGUCGGAUCAGUAUGAGCGACUAUGAAGCUCUGCACUACGACAAGGACAAACUACGGCAAGCAUCCAUUCCUCUGGGGCUGAUCGUGGUUCCUGGUGACAGCGACUUAGAAACCUGCCGAGAACACAUCCAGCGACUGCAGGAGGACUUCUGCUCUGUCCAACCCUCCCUCAGAUGUCUGCAGGAGGAGGCGGCCCAGCCAAAGAUUGUUUCCUCGCAGAGAUUAUCUCCAAAGUGGUGUUUCCUGGACUCUACGACGGAAGAUCGCUUCUACAGGAUCGACAGAGCCCAGGAACAUCUCAACUACGUGUCGGAAAUCUCCCAGGAAGAGAUCUUCAUCCUGGAUCCUGAACUGGUCGUCAUGGCGACAGUAGGCACCUCCUCCUCAGCCAUGCCCGACCUGGUUAACCCUUCGUCCUCCGGCCUGGUCAGCAGCAGUUCUUCCCAGAGGCAGCGAGUCAACAGUGACAGCUCUGCAGUUGAAGCUUUAACACACAACACCACCCCUGUGGCCAGCAAACUCACCCGGGCGGGUUGCAUCCAUCGCUCCAACACCACCGCUGCUGAUUUUAACCUAAGACACCGACAGGAAAAGAACCAAAAGUCGAGUGAAACAGACAAAGAGAAAGAAAAAGAAAUGUUGAUCGAGUGCGUGAAGAACAAGGACCUGAAGAAGCUGCAGGAGCUGCACCAGAAGGGGGCAGACCUCGCAGUGCUGGACCAAUCAGGGUGCAGCUUGCUACAUCAUGCGGUGACUACAGGAAGCAAAGAAACGGUCCGCUACAUCCUGGACAACGUGGGCUGUGAUUCGUGUGAUCAGGAGGUGAGAAUACACCCACAGAACUCUUGGAUAAGAGCUCCCAGUGACCUGCUGGAUGCCACAGAGAAGCAGCACGGGGAGACGGUUCUUCAUCGAGCUGCAUCUCUGUGUCUCAGAACCAUCUGUCAUUAUCUGGUGGAGGCUGGAGCAUCGCUCAUGAAGACAGACCUGCAGGGUGAUACUCCUAAGAACAGGGCUGAGAAGGCUCAGGACGCUGAACUGGCCGCCUAUCUGGAGAACAGGCAGCAUUACCAGAUGAUCCAGAGAGAGGAUCAGGAAACGGCUGUCUGAAGAAGGUCUGUCUUCUUCCUCAUCUUCACCCAGCAGAGUGACGUCAGGACUGGACUCACAUUCCAGAUUUCUGCUGCCAUUCCUCUACAGCAGACGGAAGCUGUGCCAAAUCUGAUCCAACAAGCAUUAAUGAUGAGGGCGAUGCUACACUUCAUUAGAUCUGUGUUUGGUAAUAAAACUCUUGUUUCUGACUCAGAAGAUCAAUCUGAGGAGAACUUCCAUAUCAGGCAAACACAAAGAGGUCCACUCACAAACUGCCAUCAUCUACUGAUCUACUGGAGCUGAACUUCAAUGUGUUUUUCUGUAGAUUUCAAUGUUAAUGUGGCUGAAAAAGCUUUAUUUUGGUUUUUAGUUGCGGCCGUGAAUGAGGCUGCAGCUGUUCAAGCCUUUUUUCCAUCUGAAUGAGCUUCAUUCUCCAUUCCAAAGGGUUUCUUCUGGGUGAGAUUAGAAAUAAAUGGUGUGUGCAAGUUGAAAAUUGCUCCAGAUGAAAGUUUGUCAAACGUCCGACGAGGAAACCUUGAGUGUGGUGAGAGAAGACCUGAUGCCACCAGGUUCAUCCUCUGGGGACCACAAAGGCGACUAACUGUAUGGAAAUCAGACCAUAAUAAUCCGACGUUGUUUUCCUGAAUCAAAGCGUAACAGAUCCUGAAAUCACCAGGAUUCAUCAGUAUCUGGUUUGGUGUUUCUUUUGGUUGUUUUUUGACCAAACUGUUGGACAGAUCAGCAGCUGAAGACGUUUCCAUGAGCUCUUUAAUUAUUGAUUAAUUCACUGAAUGCCAUCGUUGGUUCUGAACGUUAGUAUUGAUGCUGUAUUUACUGACUUACUGCUCGGUCUUCAUCAUUCAUGCUGUAUUUUAACAUGUAUCUUCUGCAGAUGAUUCAUGUUUCUAUGUUGGAAAACAAUCAAAGGACUGAAGGUCUGAGCUGAACUUUUGGGCUCAGAUGAUUUGAUUUAACCAACAUGUGAUCAUGAUCCAAACAGUUUAACCGACACGGUGCAGUCGAUUACCGCUUUUUUCUUUUCUUUUUUUAAAAAAAAAAAAAAAAUGACCAUCAACUGAGAAAUCAUUGUGUGAUUCUUCUUUUAAUGACUGUGUGUGGAUUACAGUCCAGUAACGUCAGAUUAGAUCAGAUGAUCGUGUGUGUUUUAGAUCAAUAAAAUAAAUGGUUCAUAUUUUAUUAAAAUAAAAUGUGUUGUUAAAGUCA